AUGUCUAACCAUCACCAAGACAAGAACACUUCUACUCGACCUCGACAAGAAGGGAGGCUGGCUCUUCUCCCCUCCGAGGUUAUUCUCAACAUCCUAAGUGUGACUGAGAUGACAGAAAAGAUGCCACCGCAGUCCCCGGUGAACCCAUGGCCUCCUCUUGAUCCAUACAUCUUAAGCCGUCGGCCACCCAAAGUUCCAGAGCCAAUUACCGAGUACACGACCAUUCUCUCAGCCCUAGACAUGAGAAACCUUGCCUUGACCUCGUCUAGCUUAUUCUACCCUGUACGCUCCUCGUUCUAUCGGGCGGAUAGCUGCCACGCCUUUCGCUCCGCUCUUAAGCACGCUGAUAUCGAUGCAAUAAAGCGGUGUGCUGAGUUCGGAGCAGCACCAGACUUGCACUGGCAUUUGGAAGACGUGUGCUACUGCAAAGGCAAUCAUCGGCAUCUAUUUCACCGACCCAUUGAUGUUUUCUUAUUAUCGGUCAAGCAUGGCUCAGUUCCUAUCAGUAAGGCCAUUGAGGUUCUUCAGUGGCUCCUAGACAAUGGUUACGACGCCUAUGAACAAAGUACGCAAGUCAAGGACUUCCCCGAUUGGUCAAUGGAACCACGGUUGGGGGAAGAGAAGAAAGCGGAAGAGAAUGCUCUGCUGGCGACGGCGCGGACCAUGCCAGAGAUUUUGCUCCAUACUCUCGCCGAGGAUACUGGAGACAGGGACCGCAUUGAAGGGAUUUGUCAGAUGAUUUACAUGCUUCUCGACCAUGGAUAUCUCAUCCCUUACAACGUCAACGUCUUCCAGAACUAUCGGAGUUUACCACCAGGUGCUAUCCAUACACCAAUGAACGCGGCCAUCAUGUGUCAAUGCCCACCCCAUUUUCUCAGAGCUCUGCUCGAACUCUACAAACGCCACGGUGUGGACUGCCAACUAGAAGCGAAUGAUUGCCCCGAAAGCAUGAACAGCUGGGUAGGCUGGUCGCUGAUGGAUAGCCGGAACUCAAACUUGCUAGCCCAAAAGUGGAUGCACCGGCCCGUCUUGGAUACGUUGGCUUGGAACCUUUAUACUGCUUUACUGGAUCCGGCAGAGCCCUGGAAAGAGGCGUACAACGGCGAAUUAGCUGACAUCUUUGAAGAAAAGAUAGAGCUUAUGGAGAAGUACAACUUCAUCGACAACAAAGAGACCAACGCGUUGCGAGGUAUGCUUGAAGCUCUGCAGUGUAUCGCCACCAUGGCAGAGGAGCUUGGGGGGUUGGACAGGGCUCGUGACGGAAAGAAGUGCUGGCAAUUGAUCUGCGAUCCUCUCCGCGUUGUCUUCAAAGACCUUGGAACCCAAUACUUCUAUCCGCGGCGAGUCCAUCGCUUUGAGUUCAACGAUAAUUGGCACCCGUGGGUCCAAUUCUAUGAGGAGGAGGAUCUCCAGCAGAUGUAUCUCUCUAAGGAGUACCGUUACCCGUGGAUCAGAGAGGGCGACUUAACAAUAAACAAGGAUGGAAAAGUGGUAGAUCGCCACUUUAGAACAAUGGACAGUGGGUUAUGCUGGAAUCACAGGAAGGGACGACUCUCCUGGAUGAAGUAUGACUACGAUGGGUUUCUUGAGAGGCUCUCACAGGAGUGGGAUCAGUCUAGGGAACGAUGA